GGAAAUACCGAACAGCUCCAUCUUUGUAAGACUUGACAGGAGCUUUGAUCUGUGUCGAAGAGGAGCAAGAAGCCCGCAGCAGAAGAAGUACAACCGGACUCUCACAAUGAAAAGAACAGCGUAGAAACCUGCUCUUCGAAGAGAGACAUUUUAACCCAUCGGGCAGUAAGUCUAUUAAUGUCAACAACCCUUUAAAAAAAUGACUCACUUCAGCUGGACUGGUUAAAAUCCGACGGAACUAAUGGGACGCGCGGGCUUAAAAUAAAUCCAGUUUUGGUUUUUUUUUUGUUGGUGAAUGAGAGUUUAUUUAAAAGCCUACGUGACAGCGACGAAGAGACACAGACGGGAAGUGCGGAGAUGGCUGACAGAACUGCUCCCAACUGCCACCUGAGACUGGAGUGGGUUUACGGAUACCGGGGACACCAGUGCCGCAACAACCUGUACUACACCGCCGCCAAGGAAAUUGUCUAUUUCGUCGCGGGUGUGGGAGUUGUGUACAACACCCGGGAGCACAAGCAGAAAUUUUACCUGGGCCACAACGAUGACAUUAUCAGUUUAGCGCUACAUCCGGAGCGAGUUUUGGUGGCCACGGGGCAAGUGGGCAAGGAGCCUUACAUCUGUGUGUGGGACUCCUACACUGUGCAGACUGUGUCCAUCCUGAAAGAUGUGCACACUCAUGGGAUCGCCUGUCUGGCCUUUGACCUUGAAGGACAGUGUCUGGUGUCCGUGGGCUUGGACUCAAAAAAUACAAUCUGUGUGUGGGAUUGGAGGAGAGGGAGGGUUCUGGCAGCCGCUCCUGGACAUACAGACAGGAUAUUUGACAUAUCGUGGGAUUUGUAUCAGCCGAACAAGCUUGUAAGCUGCGGUGUCAAACAUAUCAAGUUUUGGAGCUUAUGCGGUAAUGCUCUCACACCCAAACGUGGCGUUUUCGGCAAAACGGGGGAUCUACAAACCAUCCUCUGCCUCGCCUGCGCCAAGGACGAAGUCACGUAUUCAGGUGCCUUGAAUGGUGACAUCUAUGUCUGGAAAGGAAUCAACCUCAUGAGGACGAUUCAAGGAGCUCAUGGGUCGGGGAUUUUCAGCAUGAAUGCCUGUGAAGAGGGCUUCGCUACUGGGGGACGGGACGGCUGCGUUCGGCUAUGGGAUCUCAACUUCAAACCAAUUACUGUCAUCGAUCUCAGGGAAACAGACCAAGGAUAUAAAGGGUUGUCGGUGCGCAGCGUAUGCUGGCGGGGAGAUCACAUCCUGGUGGGCACACAGGACAGUGAGAUCUUCGAGGUGGUGGUUCACGACCGCAACAAGCCCUUCCUUAUCAUGCAGGGUCACUGUGAGGGCGAGCUGUGGGCGCUGGCAGUACAUCCCACUAAACCUCUGGCCAUGACAGGAAGUGACGACCGCUCAGUCAGGAUUUGGAGCCUUAUAGAUCAUGCACUGAUAGCUCGCUGCAACAUGGAGGAGCCGAUCCGCUGUGCAGCUGUGAGCACUGAUGGUAUUCAUCUGGCGUUGGGAAUGAAGGAUGGAUCUUUCACCAUUCUUAGAGUCAGGGAUAUGACGGAGGUGGUCCACAUCAAGGACAGGAAAGAGGCCAUCCACGAGCUAAAGUACUCCCCUGAUGGGGCCCAUUUGGCUGUCGGCUCCAAUGAAAACUCAGUGGAUGUCUAUGGUGUGGUGCAGAGGUACAAGAAAGUGGGAGAGUGCAUUGGCUCCAGCAGCUUCAUCACACACAUGGACUGGUCCACGGACAGUAAAUACCUUCAGACCAACGACGGCAGCGGCAGACGACUCUUCUACAGGAUGCCAAGUGGGAAGGAGGUGACCAACAAGGAGGAGCUGAAGCUGGUGCAAUGGGCUUCAUGGACGUGUGUGUUGGGCCCCGAGGUUAACGGCAUCUGGCCCAAAUACUCGGAUAUCAGUGACAUCAACUCUGUUGACGCCAACUUUAACAAUCAAGUCUUAGUGACAGCUGAUGACUACGGAUUGGUCAAACUGAUGCGAUAUCCGUGCAUAAGAAAGGGUGCGAAAUUUAAAAAGUAUUUAGGUCACUCAGCACACAUAACUAAUGUCAGAUGGUCACAUGACUAUCAGUGGGUCAUAACUAUCGGCGGUGCGGAUCACUCAGUGUUCCAGUGGAAGUUUAUUCCUGAAAGAAAGUCCAAAGAGGCUCUUCAUAUAGCACCACAAGAAACCUUGGCAGACUCUAACAGCGAAGAAUCAGACUCUGAUCAGUCAGACGUGCCGGAGAUGGACUCGGAAAUUGAGCAGGAGACACAGCUAACGUAUCGACGACAGGUUUACAAAGAAGAUCUACCUCAGCUCAAAGAGCAGUGCAAAGAGAAACACCGAGCGACGGCCAUGAAAAAGAAAGAACGAGCACCAGGGAAUGGUAUUAAGCUGCACUUCAUUCAUGGCUAUAGGGGCUACGAUUGCAGAAGCAACCUUUUCUACACCCAAACAGGGGAGAUUGUCUACCAUGUGGCUGCAGUGGGGGUUGUGUACAACAGACAGCAAAACACUCAACGAUUCUACAUGGGCCAUGAUGAUGACGUCCUCUGUCUGGCUAUCCACCCUCUGAAGGAUUAUGUAGCAACAGGCCAGGUUGGCAGAGAUUCCCCAGUCCACAUCUGGGACACGGAAACGUUAAAGCCCAUGUCUGUGUUGAAGGGUUUCCACCAGCUUGGAGUGUGCGCUCUGGACUUUUCAGCGGAUGGCAAACGGCUGGCCUCGGUUGGCCUGGAUGACAAUCACACCAUUGUACUGUGGGACUGGAGGAAGGGGGAGAAGCUCUCCGCCAUGCGAGGAAGCAAGGACAAGAUAUUUGUUGUGAAAAUAAACCCUUACCUGCCUGACAAGCUCAUCACUGCUGGUGUGAAACACAUGAAGUUUUGGCAUAAAGCCGGCGGUGGUCUAAUUGGACGCAAGGGUAACAUGGGGAAGACCGAGACAAUGAUGUGCGCUGUGUACGGUUGGUCGGAGGAGAUGGUGUUCUCAGGCACUUGCACAGGGGAUAUUUGCAUCUGGCGAGACAUGUUCCUGAUGAAGACUGUCAAAGCUCAUGACGGCCCUGUUUUCAGCAUGCACGCUCUCGAAAAAGGAUUUGUGACGGGUGGAAAGGAUGGCAUUGUAGCUCUUUGGGAUGACACCUUCGAGAGGUGCCUCAAGACCUACGUUAUCAAAAGAGCAGUCCUAGCUCCAGGCUCCAAAGGGUUGCUGUUAGAGGAUAAUCCCUCCAUACGUGCCAUUUCUCUCGGCCAUGGACACAUCCUCGUGGGCACGAAGAACGGAGAAAUCUUGGAGGUGGACAAGAGCGGCCCCAUCACUCUCCUCGUCCAGGGUCAUAUGGAGGGCGAAGUGUGGGGCCUGGCCACUCAUCCUCAUCUCCCUCUCUGUGCCACUGUCAGCGAUGACAAAACCCUGCGCAUAUGGGACCUCUCACCCAGCCACUGCAUGCUGGCUGUACGCAAACUCAGGAAAGGCGGACGCUGCUGCUCCUUCUCUCCAGAUGGGAAAGCCUUAGCGGUGGGGCUGAAUGAUGGAAGUUUUCUCAUUGUGAACGCAGACACCCUGGAGGACCUGGUGUCCUUCCACCACCGCAAGGACAUCAUCUCCGAUAUUCGAUUCUCUCCAGGAGCUGGGAAGUACCUUGCAGUAGCCUCAGGAGACAGUUUUGUGGACAUUUACAAUGUAAUGAGCAGCAAACGGGUGGGAGUGUGCAAAGGAUGCCUCAAUUACAUCACUCAUCUGGAUUGGGACAAAAGAGGAAAACUCCUCCAAGUUAACACAGCAGCCAAAGAGCAGUUUUUUUUCGAAGCUCCGCGCGGCAAGAGGCAGACCAUCCCGGCUUCGGAGGUAGAGAAGAUUGACUGGAGCACUUGGACAUGUGUGCUGGGGUCGUCUGUUGAAGGUGCUUGGCCUGUGAUCACUGAGAUCACCGAGGUGACCUCUGCCUGCCUUAGUACUGACAGGAGGGUGCUAGCAACAGGAGACGACCUGGGAUACAUCAAGCUCUUUAGAUACCCGGUGAAGGGAAAGUAUGCAAAGUUCAAACGCUACGUGGCGCAUAGCACACAUGUUACCAAUGUGCGAUGGACCCACGACGACAGCCUCUUGGUGACGGUGGGCGGGGGUGACACAUGCCUCAUGAUCUGGGCCCACGAGCCCGAGGGGCUGCGGGAGUUUAAAAUGUGCGACAGUGAGGAGUCGGAUAUUGAAAGCGAGGAUGAUGGAGGUUACGACAGUGACGUAACAAGGGAGAAUGAGAUCAACUACACCAUCAAGGCCUUAUCCACCAACAUGCGACCAAUGACGGGGGUGAAGCCCCACCUGCAGCUGAAGGAGCCCUCCAUCGACGAAAGACAAGGGGUGGUCAGAGGGUCGAGGCCUCCUGUUAGCAGAGCACUGCCGCAGCCAGAAAAGCUGCAAACCAACAAUGUCGGCAAGAAAAAGAGACCUAUUGAGGACCUGGUGCUGGAGCUGGUGUUCGGUUACCGUGGCAACGACUGCCGCAACAACGUGCACUACCUGAAUGAAGGGGCGGAUGUCAUCUACCACACGGCCUCCGUCAGCAUCGUCCUCAACCUGACGACCUCCUGCCAAAGUUUCUACACCGAACACAGUGACGAUAUUUUGUGCCUGACAAUCAAUCAACACCCUAAGUUCCCCAAUGUGGUGGCAACUGGCCAAGUAGGUGACGCUGGUGACAUGUCAGCGACGUCUCCAUCCAUCCACGUGUGGGACGCGAUGACCAAGCAGACGCUGUCGGUGCUGCGAUGUUUCCACUCGGGGGGCGUCUGCUCUGUCAGCUUCAGCGCCACAGGAAGACUCCUGCUGUCUGUGGGCCUGGACCCUGAACACACCGUCACCAUCUGGAAGUGGCAAGAAGGAGCCAAAGUGGCCAGCAGGAUAGGUCACACCCAGAGGAUCUUUGUGGCAGAGUUUCGUCCUGACUCUGACACACAUUUUGUGUCUGUGGGCAUCAAGCACGUGCGCUUCUGGACGUUAGCGGGUCGAGCUUUGCUCAGCAAGAAAGGUGUUUUGAGUUCUUUGGAAGACGCCCGGAUGCAGACCAUGCUCUCUGUAGCAUUUGGAGCUAAUAACUUGACCUUUACAGGUACCAUAAGUGGGGAUGUGUGUGUGUGGAAGGAACACAUUCUGGUAAGAAUAGUGGCCAAAGCUCACACGGGCCCUGUGUUCACAAUGUACACCACACUGAGAGACGGCCUCAUCGUCACAGGAGGCAAAGAAAGGCCGUCAAAGGAAGGAGGUGCUCUGAAGCUCUGGGACCAGGAACUGAAACGCUGCAGAGCCUUUCGAUUAGAAACUGGACAGAUCAUAGACUGUGUUCGCUCUGUAUGCAGAGGAAAGGGUAAGAUCCUUGUGGGAACAAGGAACGCAGAGAUCAUUGAGGUGGGGGAGAAGAACGCAGCGUGCAACAUCUUGGUGAACGGACACAUGGACGGUCCUAUAUGGGGUCUGGGCACUCAUCCUUCCAGAGACGUUUUCCUUUCUGCUGCAGAGGACGGCACAGUCCGUCUGUGGGACAUCCCAGAAAAGAAGAUGCUGAAUAAGGUGAACCUGGGCCAUCCAGCGCACACCAUCAACUACAGCCCUGAGGGAGACAUGGUGGCCAUUGGCAUGAAGAACGGAGAGUUCAUCAUACUGUUGGUCGUCUCGCUCAAAAUCUGGGGGAAAAAGAGAGACAGACGCUCCCCUAUACAAGAUAUUAGGUUCAGUCCAAAUUCUCGCUACCUGGCUGUCGGCUCUACUGAGUGUGCCGUGGACUUCUACGACCUGACGCUCGGCCCGCAGCUGAACCGCAUCAACUGCUGCAGAGACAUCCCCAGCUUCAUCAUGCAGAUGGACUUCUCAGCUGACAGCUCCUACAUCCAGAUAUCCACAGGUGCUUAUAAACGACUCGUGUACGAAGUGCCAUCUGGGAGGCAGAUCACAGAACAGUCUCAAAUUGACAGCAUCACCUGGGCCUCCUGGACAAGUGUCCUUGGCGAUGAAGUCGUCGGGAUCUGGUCCCGUAACGCUGACAAAGCUGACGUCACCUGUGCCUGCGUGUCCCACUCGGGCCUUAACAUUGUCACAGGAGAUGAUUUUGGGAUGGUAAAGCUGUUUGACUUUCCCUGUCCAGAGAAGUUUGCCAAACACAAACGCUUCCUGGGCCAUUCUGCUCAUUUGAUGAACAUUCGCUUCACAAACGGAGAUCACUUUGUUGUCAGCGCCGGAGGAGAUGACAGAAGGUAA